UAACACGUCGCCCCUCUGUCUGGAGCGCUCUGCUACACUCAUGCGACUCCGAUGAUGACACCGUGAUCGAACCAGCAGCGGGACGACACUAGGAGAAUUGUCGCAAGCUUCUUCAAAGCUUUGCCAGCGAAUAAAUAUAAGCACGGUUUAUAGUUGAACCAAAUUGUGUGUUUGUCAGCCAUCAUACGUUACUACGAGUCCAUAUAACUAUGUCCUGUAUUUAUUUCUGAUGUCUUGCCUAAAUGACAUAAAUAUCAAUCACUUGUCAAUGAUACGUGUGCCUCGGACUUUGUAAAUUACAAAACUCUUUUUCGUGUCGGAAGAGAGGAAACGAAAGUUUGGAAUGUAAGAAUGUUUCUUAUCGAAUCCGAGUGCUGCAUUAUUCUAAAGCACAUGGGUUUAAUCUUUUAAGCAAAGGACAACAGGAGACCUGUGCAAGUCUUGUUAUCUUAUCGUAUCGAACAGAGUUGAAAAGUUAAAGUAUGAGAAGCCCAGUGGAGGAAAAUGGAUACCGAUAAAGUAUCAGCAUGCGUGAAAAGUCAGCAGAAUGUCAUGCUCACGCAGCUCACGUGAGGGGCACGACAGAGAUGUGCUCGCGUGAUCCGUCUACAUUGCACCCAACCCUUGCCAAGGCAAAUGGUAAAAAUUCAAGUCCCCAGCCAGCUCAUCAUACGGAAGCACGUAUUGAUAAUAAUCUUCCGCCGACUCCGGGAGGCCGCUUGAAAUUCUUUAAAGAUGGGAAAUUUAUCUUGGAACUAUCUCAUCGCAGGGAUGGAGAGAAGACUACAUGGUUUCCUGUGCCAAAGAAAACUUUUUGGCCACCCACUAGCACUAUUCCAAAUCGGCAGGAGAGCUCUACUUCCCUUAGUGUUUCCGAUGAUAAUUCGUCGAUCCAGUCCAGUCCUUGGCAGAGAGAUCACUGCUGGAAACAGACUCAUCCCCGACGCAGGAUAACCACGGAAUUUAAUUUUUACUAUCGCCGAAAUCCGAAGACUCGCCUAUGCGCUCAUCCUCGUUUAAUAGCGAAGAAACGCAGAUGUCCGUUAGAUCCUUCAACCGCAAUUCUCGUUCCGGAAUCAACGGUAGUUUAUCCGACGAAGAUAUCUCGGAAAUUGAUAAACGGCACGUCAUCGUCGGGCAAGGUUCUGGGUCUAAUCAUCGAUAAACUGUCACGUCUGCUGGAUCCUAAUGUUGUAUCGCCUCGCAAACGUAUACUUCGAGAGCUGGAAAGAGUCUCGCUGGAGGAUCAGGCGUCCAAGAGACGAGCCACUCCGCAACCGGUUUGCACGACCAGUGCGCCGCCGACUCCCUCUGCGAAACAACUGUCAUCGUAUAGUAUAACGAGUAUCCUGGGGGAGGACAAGCCGAGUCCCGAGCCAGGCUUUUUGAGAACAUUGCUGAAGCCAGAUGAUCGGCAGCCUGUAAAAUACUCAUCGACCAACACUUAUCCGAGGGUACGAAUCGAUCCCUAUAUUGGGUCUAGCAAUACAUCCGUUCAUCAUCCGCUCUAUGGAUUACCGAUGUUGCCUCCUGGACCAUAUAGAACGGCGCCUCUAUGGAUGGCACCCCAUUAUCCGUCUCCCGUCCACUAUCCGCCUCCUAUGCAAUUGUAUGCACCGCCACAUCCUCAUCCAUCAUCCCCACAUUAUAAAGACUACAGGGAACAAACUCUCACACCUCCUUCAGAUAUGCCUCUGAAUCUGUCGAAGCAUGCGGGUUGAAUCUCAGGAUCCCAAUAGAGUUGGUGCCUUAUCGAUGGAUGGAACACUAUGCAAACACUGCCCGUGCAACGACAAUGCGAUAUAUUAGUAUUUUUUUAUUCAUAAAACAAUAGUAUCUUCUUAGUAAAUAGAGAUAUGAUGAGAAGCCAGAUUGUUGGAUUCUGGGAGAGCUGUACUUGUAUAUAUAAAUGCAUAAAUUGUCGAUGGCGGCAUAGGUAUUUUGUAUUAAUAUUGCAAGAUUUUGAAAAGGAGGAAAUUACACGAGUGGUAUAAUAUACAAAAACAAAAAAAAAACAUGGGGAAAAAUGCCACUCUAAGUGUGUGUAUACGUUACACAUGUUUUUAUCAUACGCGACUUGUGAAUGAA